AUGGAUCUUGCUCGUUUUGAUUGUCAUCCAGAUGAUGGUGCAUCUCAAGAGAGAUGUGAAGCACGAAAAUGUUGUUGGCGAUUACCUAUGCAACAAGGAAAUUUGACAGAAAAACAUCGAACUAAUUUUCAAGAUAUAGGUGUUCCAUGGUGUUAUUAUCCAUCGGAUUUUCCAACCUAUUCAAUAGUGUCCAAUGAAACAACAGAUUUUGGUCAACGAAUUCGCAUCGUCAAGUCACAAACUACUUUCAUGCCAAAUGACAUUCUGGAUUUGACAGUUGAUCUCAUCUAUGAAACACAACAACGAUUUCGUAUUCGAAUCUAUGACUCAGUUAAUAAACGAUUCGAAGUGCCACUCAAUGUGCCCGUGGUAGAAAAAAAAGCUGAUAUGACUGAUUAUGAAGUUGAAGUUGCUCAGAAACCAUUUGCCAUACUAGUUACUCGAAAGUCAACAGGUGUCACAUUAGACUUUUUUGAAUUACUACAAUAUACGAUCGAAAGUCUUCUAGGUGUUCAUCCAUUUCACAUCAAUCUUGAACUGAAUAAGACUGGUCAGACAAAUAUUCAUGGACAGUUUAUCCUCAAUGCAAAUGCUAUGGAUGUGAAUCUUCAACCAUUGCCUGCUCUAACUUACAUCACUAUUGGUGGCAUCAUUGAUUUGUAUGUAUUCACUGGACCAACAGUUCAGAAUGUCAUUCAACAAUACUGGGAUGUCAUUGGAAAGCCGUUAAUGCCACCCUACUGGACACUUGGAUUUCAUCUAUGCCGUUGGGGAUAUGGUACGAUUGAAAACCUAAUGGAAGUUAUGCAAAGAAUGCAUGACGCUGAUUUUCCAGUCGAUAUCCAAUGGACCGAUAUUGACACAAUGGACUCCCAUCUUGAUUUUACCUACGAUAACAAAACAUUCCAUGGUCUACCUGAACUUAUUCGCACAAUGAAAGCCGAAGGCAAACAUUAUGUUAAUAUCAUCGAUCCAGGCAUUAGUUCAACACAACCACCGGGCACUUAUCCACCAUACGAUGAAGGAUUGAAGCAAGGUAUUUUCAUCACUAAAUACAACUCCACUGAGCCAAUCGUCGGAGAGGUUUGGCCUGGUCCCACUGUUUUUCCUGAUUUCACAAAUCCUAAAACAGUUGAAUGGUGGACAAAGCUCCUUGGAGCUUAUCAUGAAAUCAUUCCAGUUGAUGGGAUGUGGAUUGAUAUGAAUGAACCAUCAAACUUUGUUGAUGGAUCUCAUGAAGGAUGUACUACUAAUUCUUUAGAUAAUCCACCAUUUACUCCUCAUGUAUACGGUGGAAACAUUACUGCUAAAACUUUAUGUACGUCUGCUCAACAAUACUUGUCAUCACAUUACAACUUACAUAGUAUGUAUGGUUAUUUUGAAGCAAAAGCAACUAAUGUUGCUCUUAGAACGAUUCUUAAAAAGCGACCAUUUGUUUUGUCACGUUCAACAUUUGCUGGUUCAGGUCACUACACCACUCAUUGGUCUGGUGACAAUGCUGCUUCGUUUACAGAUCUUUACCAAUCAAUUCCAACUAUUCUUAACUAUAAUAUAUUUGGCAUGACAUUUGCUGGUGCUGAAAUUUGUGGUUUUAAUGAUGAUACUACGGAAGAACUAUGCACAAAAUGGAUGGUGUUAGGUGCUUUCUACCCAUUUAUGAGAAAUCAUAAUGCAAUUGGUGCUAAAGCUCAAGAUCCUGCAGUUUUCUCAUGGGAAGCUCAACAGAUUAUGAAACAAGCAUUACUUAUGAGAUAUUCACUGCUUCCAUAUUGGUAUACACUCUUUUUUAAAGCAAGUACAAUUUCGACAACGGUGAUAGAACCACUCUUCUUCGAAUAUCCAAAUGAUGAGAUUACUUAUAAUAUUGAUCGACAGUUCCUAGUUGGUCCUGCUAUUCUUGUUUCUCCAAAUUUAGUUUCAAAUUCAUCUACUGUUCAUGCUUACGUUCCACAAGAUGUUUGGUAUGAAUUUUCAUCAGGUAUACAAAUAACAACAGUGGGACAAUAUGUUGAUUUUGACACACCAAUUCAAAAGAUUAAUGUUCAUAUUCGUGGUGGAUUUAUUAUUCCGAUGCAAAUACCUGGACCUGAUCUAGUUAUCGGUCGUGGAAAUCCAUUUGUAUUACUUGUUGCAUUGUCUCAAUCAGGAAAUGCUAGUGGAAGUCUUUUUUGGGAUGAUGGUGAUUCCAUGGAUACGAUUGAAACUAAAACUUAUAACUACUUCGAAUUCAAUGUGACAGCAUCAAAUGUCUUGGCAAUCAAUGCUUUGGUAACAAAUGACAAAAAUUCCUCAAUGGCAUUAGGUAUGGUAAAAGUUCUUGGUUUGCAUAGAAGUGUGACUAAUGUGAAUGUGAAUGGAAAAGCAUAUUCAAAUUUUAUUUACAAUAUUCCCGAUGAUAUUUUACUUAUUUACGGACUUGAUUUGAAUAUGUUAGAUGAAACAAGUCAAACAAUAGAAUGGACAACAGCAGAUUGA